AUGUCGAGCGCGCAGGCUUCUGGCUCUGGUUCUACUUCGGCGGCGAGCUCAAAGCCCUCCUCGGUGAAGUCCUCUCACGGCGGCUCUGUCGGACACCCUCCCGCCGUUAUCUUCGAGCCCCAGCCCAGGCCUGCCGAGCGAUCCUCUGUGAAAGAACGGUUCGCGCGCAUUUUCGCCCACAGCGCUCGGUCUACCCCCUCGAACGCAACCCCUCGCGCUUCGAGCUUCGAAGACAGCUCCGUCCCGCCUUCGAAGAAACCUUCGCCUCCUCCGCGCAACCCUUCCACCAGCACCGCCGACAAGGCCACCGCCAGUCUCAAGCCCGCUAAGCCUGCUGCCCCGAAAGAACCUCAGCGCUUCACGCUCGACCCAGAGGCCCCCGGCGGCCAUGUGCACCACCUCAAGUCCAGUCGGAGGCAAGAGAAGCUGUUGGACAUGUUGCGCAUGCUCCUCGGCAGGAAGCAGGAAAUUCCCGACAACGACCUGUCGCUCGUGUCCAAUUGGGUUGGCACGGCCAAGGAGGAGGCCAAGGAGGAGGAGGACAAGGAGGCCAAGGAGGCCGUGCCGCCCGAGAAGAAGGGCGCCAACGCGACAGCCGUUACCCUGGCUCAGAAGUACGGCAAGUGCCAAGAAGUCGUGGGUCGGGGCGCCUUUGGCAUUGUCCGCAUCUCGCACAAAAAGUCGGAAAACGGCGUCGAGAAGCUCUACGCGGUCAAGGAGUUCCGCCGCCGGCCCGAGGAGUCGGAGAAGAAGUUCAGCAAGCGCCUGACGUCCGAGUUUUGCAUCUCGUCGUCGCUCCGCCACCCCAACGUCAUCCACACGCUCGACCUCAUCAAAGACGCCAAGGGCGACUACUGCGAAGUCAUGGAGUUCUGCGCGGGCGGCGACCUGUACACCCUGGUGCUGUCGGCCGGCCGGCUGGAGGUGCAGGAGGCGGACUGCUUCUUCAAGCAGAUGAUGCGCGGCGUCGAGUACCUGCACGAGAUGGGCGUCGCCCACCGCGACCUGAAGCCCGAGAACUUGCUGCUGACCACCCGCGGCGCCCUGAAGAUCACCGAUUUCGGCAACGGCGAGUGUUUCCGCAUGGCCUGGGAGACCGACCCCCACAUGGUCUCGGGCCUGUGCGGCUCGGCCCCUUACAUUGCCCCCGAGGAGUAUAUCGAUAAGGAGUUCGACGCCCGGGCCGUCGAUGUCUGGGCGUGCGGCGUCAUUUAUAUGGCUAUGCGCACCGGCCGUCAUCUCUGGCGCGUGGCCCGCAAGGACGAGGACGAGUUUUACGCUCGCUACCUUGCCGGUCGGCGCGACGAGGAGGGUUACGCACCAAUUGAGUCGCUGCAAAGGGCACGCUGUCGGAACGUCAUCUACUCCAUCUUGGAUCCAAGCCCCUCUCGGCGCAUCACAGCCUCUCAAGUUCUCAAGUCAGAAUGGGGCCGCGAAAUCAAACUUUGUAAGGCCGGCGAGGAGGGACUGUAA